GGGGGUGGACGCUGGCCGACACCCAGCUGGCGCAGACUGUGCGGAGGCUCGAGCGGGGACCUCUGAGCGCGAGCCGCGGAGCCUGCGGCCUGAGCCAGAGGGGCCCAGAGCCAGCUCCUCGGGACCAGCGGCCUCGGGAAGCGGAGAGGAGAGAUUCUGGGAGACGAGCAAGCGGGAGAAGCAGCCCUCGGCCCGGAGCCUCGGAAGCCUGAGGCCAGUCAGCGGGCCCCGGCGGGGUAGGUGGUGCGUCUGCGGGCAUCCAGGCAGUUCUCGACCCUGCGGCCCGCUGAGAGCGGGGCUUGGGGGAGCCAGCCCGGGCCGAGGACACGAGAGAGCGACAGGGAGGGUUUGUCCGCGUCCCGGAGGUGGAGGGGCUGGGCUGCAGGGCCGCGGAGGCUGCUCCUGGAUGGGCGCCCACUGGGACUUGUGAGUUCUGGGUGUCCUGGGGGAGUAGGGGCGGCCGGCUGGGCUGUGGACAUUCCGCAUCCACUCCUCCCUCCACACCCGACACCCCUCCUCCUGUCGCCGCCUCGAGAUGGCGAGCGUGUCUCUAAAGUUGCAUUAGCACCUUGGUUCUCGAAUCUGAAUGUGUGCUGAGCCCUCCUCGGGUGUGCCCUGCGGAAUCACUCAGUGGAGUGUAGGAUAAGUCUGCGAGGCUUCUGUGCUGCUGCCUCGGUUGAGGGAGGAAGAGAUUGGGCCUGAGAAGGGAGGUGACGUGCCUAGGUCACCGAGUGUGUAGGUGGGAUUGCUGACAGGACCCAAACUCCCAGAGUUCACAUGUUCCCUUCCUGUGGAAUCUUUGAUUGUAAGAAAUUUAAAGAGAUAGAAAAUACUUUUUUGUUUUUGUGCUUCAUUUUAAUGAUGGCAAACUAUAUGAAAAAGAGUCAGUGUUUGUACUGACUAAUCAGAGUAACCUGAUCAUGUUGGAGUUACCGGGGUUCAGGUCCACCGUUAACAGUCUACGCUUUUCCAAGAGCAGCAGAAAAUGAAUGAGUCCCAGGGACCAGUGUCAUUCAAGGAUGUGGCCGUGGACUUCACCCAGGAGGAGUGGCAGCAGCUGGACUCCAAUGAGAAGACAACCUAUCGGGACGUGAUGCUGGAGAACUACAGCCACCUGGUCUCCGUGGGGUACGACAGCACCAAACCCAACGUGAUCGUCAAGUUGGAGCAGGGAGAAGAGCCUUGGACAGCAGCCGGUGAACUCCCGCGGCAGGCUCACCCAGAAGAAGUCUGGAAAGUUGACCUGAUAGAAGGAAGCCAAGAAAAUGGAGACAAACGUCCUGGGCAGGCUGUUGAUACCAGUGGCAGAGCCCUGUGCGAAGAGAGAGAGGAUGCAUAUGAUAAAACCUGUAACAUGGGAACAAGCUUUGUUCCUUCAAGUACAAUAUCUCUUAAUUGUGUCUCAUGUGGAAAGACUUUAGAAUCUGCUUCAGAAUUAAUUAUUAGUGAUGGAAGCUAUGCAAGGAAGAAACCUGAUGAGUGUAGUGAAUGUGGGAAGACAUAUCAUGGAGAGAAGCUCUAUGAAUUUCAUCAAAAUGGGGAAGCCUAUUCUCAAAAUGAAGAAAGUAUUCAGAAAAUUAAUAUCUUGGAGAAACCCUUUGAAUAUAACAAAUGCGCAGAAGCCUUAGACAGUGAAGCUGCAUUCAUGACUCAUAAGAGAGCUUAUGUGGGGGAGAAGCCCUAUGUGUGGAAUGAUUCUGGAUCAGACUUCAUCCAGAUGUCAAAUUUUAAUGUAUACCAGAGGUCUCAGAUGGAUUUGAAGCCCUUUGAAUGCAGUGAAUGUGGAAAAUCUUUCUGUAAAAAGUCAAAAUUCAUUAUACACCAGAGGGCUCACACAGGAGAGAAACCUUAUGGGUGUAAUGUAUGUGGGAAAUCCUUCAGCCAAAAAGGAACCCUCACUGUACAUCGGAGGUCACACCUAGAGGAGAAGCCCUAUAAAUGCAAUGAGUGCGGGAAAACCUUCUGUCAGAAGUUACAUCUCACUCAGCACCUGAGGACACACUCGGGAGAGAAGCCCUACGAAUGUAACGAAUGUGGGAAAACCUUCUGCCAGAAGACACAUCUCACCUUACACCAGAGGAACCAUUCAGGAGAGCGCCCCUACCCGUGUACCGAAUGUGGGAAGUCCUUCUCCCGCAAGUCAGCCCUCAGUGACCAUCAGAGGACGCACACAGGGGAGAAACUUUAUAAAUGUAAUGAAUGUGGGAAAUCCUACUACCGGAAGUCUACGCUCAUUACACAUCAGAGAACACACACGGGAGAGAAGCCCUAUCAGUGCAGCGAAUGUGGGAAAUUCUUCUCGCGGGUGUCAUACCUCACUAUACAUUAUAGAAGCCACUUAGAGGAGAAGCCCUAUGAAUGUCAUGAAUGUGGCAAAACCUUCAAUUUAAACUCAGCCUUCAUUCGGCAUCGGAAAGUACACACAGAUGAGAAGCCCCACGAAUGCAGUGAAUGUGGGAAGUUCUCUCGGUUCUCAUAUCUCACUGACCAUCACCCAGCUCAUUUAGGAGAGAAACCCUACGAAUGUAGUGAAUGUGGGAAAACCUUCCUUGAAAAUUCAACCUUCAGCGGGCAACAGUCACUUCCCAGAGGGGAGAAAUCCUACGAAUGUAACAUCUGUGGAAAGUUGUUCUCUGAGUUGACGUACUAUACUGCACACUACAGAAGUCAUUCCGAAGAGAAGCCCUAUGGAUGUAACGAGUGUGGGAAAACCUUCUCCCAUAAUUCAUCCCUCUUUAGACAUCAGAGGGUGCACACAGGGGAGAAGCCCUACGAGUGUUACGAGUGCGGUAAGUUCUUCUCUCAGAAGUCUUACCUCACCAUCCAUCAUCGAAUUCAUUCAGGAGAGAAGCCCUAUGAAUGUAGCAAGUGUGGGAAAGUCUUCUCUCGGAUGUCAAACCUCACUGUGCACUAUAGAAGCCAUUCAGGAGAGAAGCCCUAUGAAUGUAAUGAAUGUGGGAAGGUCUUUUCUCAGAAGUCAUACCUCACUGUGCAUUACAGAACUCAUUCAGGAGAGAAGCCCUAUGAAUGUAAUGAAUGUGGGAAAAAAUUCCACCACAGAUCAGCCUUCAACAGCCAUCAGAGAAUUCACAAGAGAGCAAAUAUGAAUGUACUUGAUGUGGGAAGUCUCCUCUGAAGUCAGAUCUCAUUUUAGAAAACCCUCUGCACAUAAUGAAUGUGGGAAACCCAGAUGGGAGUCAGAUACCACUGCUGAAUUCAUGUUUCUGGAGAAGGAAGAGCAUUUAGGCAUUAGAUUUAUUUUAAUCUGAGUUUUCACUGAGAAGAAUCCCUAAAAAUGCAUCAAGCAAAGCCUUCAGCGAGACCCUACAACUCACUGGAUGCUAGAUCAUUUAUACAAGAGUGAAACUCUAUAAAUAUUUAAUAUUUAUUUUGGAUUCCAAUUGUGUCUACAUAUCAGGGACUUGUACUACAGCAAAAUCUGUCUGAGUGAAUGUGGGAAACAUUGUCUUGGAAAUUGCUAUACUAAAAGCCAUAUUUCUGGUAUAAAAUCAGAUGCUUAUAGGGAUAUAUCAGAAGCUAUCAGCUCUGAAUGAACCUUCAUUGCAGAAAAUGAAGUUUAAAAAUCAUCUGGAGUUGAUAAUGAGGACAGUAGCAUUGAAUAUGUAUAUGACUGUCUCAUGUUUCAUAAGUGUGAUUAACUAAUUCUAUGCAAGUCUCUGAAAGUUUGGAUUUGAUACAGUUUGUGAAAAGGCAGUAUUCCUGUGUGAGCAUUAAGGUGGCAAAAUGUGCUAACAUAGGAUGUAUUGUUGGUGACACAUUUGAUAGGUACAAAAUGGCUGAAUACAUAAUUUUCUAUUCUUUAGAGAUAUUUUCAAAUGGGCUUUUAAUGAGUGCUUCAUCAGUAGAGGGGCCAGUGACUUUUGUAAAGUUUCCAACUGCAUUUGAGCAAAAAAAAAUGUGACUUAAAAAUACUGUUUUCAUAACCUAUGCAUAGAUCAUUUGGAAUCUGGUCUGUUCCGUGAAGGACCGCGGUGCUGCUCACGCUGGUGAGACAGGCCAGCUCUGCUGCCACUUGUUUUUUACCCCAUAGGUUUGAGUGUGCGACUGUUACGUGAUUCAGAAAUUUUAUGUUUUUAUUUGUUAUGAAUAUGGUGUCAUUAUUUUGUCCACUGUCUCUUAUCCCCAGUAUUUUGGAACAAAUUAAUACAAGUUUCCAGCAGGUAUUUUUGGUUGAUAACUCAGUGUCCUUUCUCCCCUCAUGUACUUGGAAGAGUUUAGUUACGUCUUCACGUAACACACGGCAAAUCCUGAGUAUAAUCUAAAACAACCCUGGUAACGUCCAUCUGGACAGCAGUAACUCAUUUAUAGUGGUUGCUUGACCCAGUCCUGGGUGACUAAAACUAACAUGGGGUCUGGAAAAAAGAUAGAACAGUGAUCAAAUGGGUCUUACUCCAGGAAUGUGAGGGUGUUUUAAUAAUUUAAAAGAAACAAUCACUGUAAUAUAUCACAUUGAAGGAAAGUAACCUAGUAUCCAGGGAACUCAUGGUAAACUCAACGUCAUUUUGUGUGGGUGGAAAGGAACUUCCUUUAUUGGAUAAAGAGUGUCUUAAACUACAACAAACAGCAUAUUAAAUAGUGAACUAUUAAAAGUUUUCUCCUAAGAUCAAAAAACCAGAGAAGGGUAUCCACUGUCACUGGUUGUAUUCAGUAUUGUGCGGAGGGACCUACCUGGGAAAGUAAGGGAAGAAAAAGGAGGAAAAGGCUUAAGGAUUAGAAAGAAGUAAAACUUACUUGCAGAUGACAUGAUUUUAUAUGUAGGAAUAUACAGGUAAUUAGGACUGAGUAAAUUUAGCAGGAUCCCUGCCUAGAAGGUCAUUUUGCAAGAGUUGGUUUUUAAUAUACCAGCAACAAACGCAGAAAAUGAAAAGUUUUAAAGCAAUACCACUUACAGUAGAAUCAGAAAUCCUUAAGUGCCUAGAGUGACAAGUUGCCUAACACUAUAUUUUCAAGAAUUCUAUCCAAAAAAAAAAGUUACGGAGCAGUGAGAGGGAGAUACCGUGUCCAUAGAUUCCAGGACAGUCUUAAAAAGGUGUCGGUUUUCCUUAGAUUAAUUCAUACAUUCAGUGCAAUCUUAAAAUCUUAGCAAGUUUUUUUAAACAAAUUCAUAUGUGAAUUCAAAAGACCAAUAAUAAUCAAAGCUGUGUUUUAGAGAAGACAAACUAGAGGUUAGAGUGUCAGGUGUCAAGAGCUGUUACAGCCAUAGUGAUUGGGGCAGCAUGGUUGGUGUUGGCGCAAAGUUAAGCUGACCAGUGAAGCAGAAUGUUGCUUCCAGAAACACCCAAGCAUACAGUCACUUGACUUCUGGUGAAGGUGAUGACGUAACAUGGGAAAGGAUGUUCUUUCCAAUAAGUGCUUCGUCAAUUAAAUUCGUAAUUUAAUAGAAAAUAGAGAAAUCAGCUGAGGUGGAGUGCAGUUCUAAGUAAGGAGUGUAAAAUAAGGAGGCUGUAACGAGAAAACCCGCACUGUAUAAUAACCACACGGGAAGCAAAGGUUUCUUAAGAUCCCAAAGGCACUAAAUUGUAAAACUAGUUAGUUUGAAUAUAUUAUGUUUAAGAACUUCUAUUUCUCAAAAAAGACACCAUUGAGAAAGUGAACAGGCAGGCCACAGAGGGGAGAAGGUACUUGAGUUCAUGCACGUAACAGCAGAACUGAAUGUGGAAGAGCAGUUGGCAAAGAGCGGUUUUUGGUGAGGGGCCUGGUUUCCUUCACGGCAGCUCAGCCUGGCCGUUGCAGCGUGAACGCCGUAAGACAAAACAGAUGAGCAUGUCUGUGUCGCAGUAAGACUAUUCCCAGACUGGGUUUGGCCAGCAGGCCGUAGCUGCUGACCCCUGAUCCAAAAUAAACACCUAUAGAUCAACAAGAAAAAAAUAGAAAAUGGGCAAAGGACUUGGACAGCCAUCUCACAAGAUAGACUAUCCAGAUGGCCAAUAAACAUUUGAGGAGGUAUGUUAAUUUUGUUAGUAAUCUGGGAAAUGGCAGAUUUAAGACACCACAUGUCACUAUUGCCCACCCUCUGAAAUGGUGACAAUGAAAAGCAGAAAGAAUCUAGCAUGGAGCUUUGGCAAGGAGAUGACGAGCUGGCCGACACUGGUGCUGCCCGCUGAUAGGCCCGUGCGGAGAGCGGGCACUUCAGGCCACAUCUGUGUGUUCACCCCUCUAACCCAGAACUGGCAGACACGUGUGGGUGUGUCCCCUGUGCAUGGACGUGUCCACCAAAGGACACGCCCGAGACUUUUCGUGGCAUAAAACCGCGAAACGAUAGAAGACGCCCAGGCAGUAGAGCUUUGCGUGUAAGAGCUGUGUUUUCCUGCAUGCGGUACUGUAGAGUGAGGAGGGUGACCAGGUGCAAGCACAGGUGACAGCCGCUCGGCAUGAGAACAGGCAGAACUUGCCCAUGCAGAUAGAAGCCCAGAUAGCAGCCAGCCUUGGACAAGGCCGCUAAGGUGUGUUUACCUGGUGCUGGUAAUUGGUUCCUAAGUCUGGGUGCUGAAUAUCUUGAGUGUUGUGUGCACUUAAGAUACGUGUAUUUUCCUGCAUGUAUAUUACACUUCCAUAAAAAUUUUUUAAAAAUCACAAAUGUCUACCAUUUUUGUUGCUCAGCACUCUUGCCAUAUUUUUCUAAAUGUUUAUGGAUAUGCUGAUUAGCAGGAAUUAAAUGGUAGAUUUUGCAUAAUUUUGUGCAGGGAAUACUCUUAAAGUAGUUCAGUGGCAACUACUAAGAUUUCCUACCCUGUGACCUUAAAGUUUAAUAUAAUUUUCAGUAAAUAUUUGAAAAGGUCACAGGGCAUUAUCUGUUGUCAUCCUACCCUUUUUUGUAUAUAAAUGGGUCUGGCUUGUAUAAGUAGGUCUGGACUGCCUCUUCAAUAAAGAACUGAUGUGUGUAAACCUUU